AUGGCUGCCAGCCGAGCUGCCCAGAAGCGUUUGACGCGCGAAUACAAGACCAUCUCGGAGAACCCACCACCAUACAUCACGGCACAUCCAUCCGACAGCAACAUUCUUGAGUGGCACUACAUCAUCACCGGCCCCGAAGACACGCCGUACCAUGGCGGCCAGUACUGGGGCACGCUCAUGUUCCCCCCCGAUUACCCGUUUGCCCCGCCGGCGAUCCGCAUGCACACGCCUUCGGGCCGGUUCCAGCCGUCCACACGGCUCUGCCUCUCUAUCUCCGACUUCCACCCGCGCUCCUUCAACCCGGCAUGGGAGGUGUCGACCAUCCUGAUCGGGCUGCUGUCCUUCAUGACGUCAGAGGAGAUGACCACCGGGUCCGUGUCGGCAACCGAGGCCGAGCGCAAGUUUCACGCUGCUCGCUCGCGCUGGUGGAACUCGACCUGCGGCGGAUCCCAGGCUCGAUCCGGCGGCCCCGCACAGAAGGGCAACCUCAAGUCGGGCGACGGCGGCGCCAAGUUCCGCGGCGAAUGGCCCGAAGUCGACCAGGAGAACUGGGCCUGGAUCAAGACACACCGCAUCGAUGCCACCACCGGCGCCCGCAUAGCUCCACCACCAGGGCCAGCUGUCGUCGCCGGUGGAUCGUCGCCAGGGUCGUCGGCCUCGCUGGCCGGCGGUGCCGCUUGCCGCCCUCAGCUCGGCAUGGCUUCGGCAGGUGGCGCUGGCGGCGUCGGGGGCAGCGGCACACAGGCGCAGGCCGUGGUCGAUGCCGUGCGGCAAGGCCGUGGUGCUGGACAGGGCUGGCUGGCCCGAAACAAGUUCUACCUCGUGGGCGGAGCCGUGUUCGUCUACGUGCUGCUCGCCCGGUUACUGGGAGGCGACCAGCAGAGGAGUAAUUAG